AGCGAAGAAACGGCCCUCAAGAUGGUACUCUGUGACAGUGAUUUAGAUUCCGCGGGCAUCUUGCAGAAGUGGAGCAAGCUACGACGCCGCUGUGCAUCGUUCAAAUCAGUCUCCGGUCCGGCAUCGCUCGAUUCGGACACCAACUUUAUCUUGGCCGAGCAUCCAGGUCACUAUCAGAUCAUCAGUACGGCGACUGGCUCACCGGUUCCGCCUCGUGCCGCUCUCGUACCGAGCCAGUCGAAGCUGCAGUCACCGUCCCAGCCGCACCAUCACCACCAUCCACUGUACCACGGGCACCACCAUCAUCACCACGGUCACCAUCCGCAUCACCAUCACCAACUUCACCAUCUGUCGCACCGGGCCCAUCCGCACCAUCAACAUCAUCAGCAUCAUCACAGCCAUUUGCAUCAGCAGCAGCAGCAGCAGCAGCAACAUCAGCUCCAUCAUCAUCCGCUCGUCGAUUAUCCACUGCCCGGCAGUCAUCUGCUGGACGGACCACCGCUUGUGUCCGGAUACGAUCCAAAAAACUGGGAGCUUCGCCAUUCGAGCUCUUCCUCCGCAUCUGCCUCGUCUUCCUCGACCAUCGGUGCACCACCAGCCAUACCGGCGACAGCAGCAGCCUUAGGCCUGCCCGGUGACGACUACUGGCAACACUUUACGCACGAACCGAGCGAUGUCAAGCUGUGGCGUCUAGGUGCGCACCAGACGUACGCUCAUCGAAUACACGUGAAUCCGCCCCAGCGGCGCAGUGCGCACAGCAUCGACUGGGAGUACAACGUGCAGCGGUACGAGAACAUGUGCGACAAUAUGGCACCACCACCGCAGCGUAUCUUCCGCACCGAGAAGCUACAGUACUACGACGAGCUGUCGGAUGUGAAGCGAACGAGUGCGACCGAUGCUGCCGCCGGGAUUGGUACAGGUCUUGAGGGCAACGGGGGCAUCAAAGUGGCAAAGGAAAUUAAGCUGCCUAGUCUGAAGACGUUCAAGUCGGCGUCGAUGCGUCUACCGGGUCAGAAAUCGUCCAUUCACGAGGUGCAGCAGUUACUGCGCAGUAAGUUUAACCGAAUACAUGCGGGAUUGCGCAAAAGGAGAGCACUUUCGGUGCAGGAGGUGUUCCAAAUUCCCGGAACUCCUGGUGCCGCCAGCGUGCAAGCAACACCAACAAAACCAACGUUCUAUGUGCCUUCGCCACUGGUUAGUGAACGAACUCCUCACCGCGGUGUACAGGCUCCACGCUACAAUGAAGAGGAUGAAGCGGACGGUAAUAGAACUCCGCUCCUGGAUGAGGAAGAUCGACCCGAUCGUCCGGACACGCUCCCCCCUGAACAGCAGGAUGAAGACGAUGGCCCUGUCAGCUUACCGUACAUUAGCGAAACAAUGCUGGCGGAUGUGGCAGCAUCGAAAAAGGUUACCCUACGAGCGGCGGACCACAGUCCAAGCCCGCGCAAAGAACGCACCAAAACCUGGUACCGGAGCAUAGACUUUAAUGCGGCGCUACAAAAACUUGACUCCCAGCGACACUCGCUCGACACUUCCGCCAAAGGUACACCAAAGAAACAGCCCGAACCAGAACCGGCAGCCAAGGAGCGUAAUCGGACCACCGACGAUCAACACCAGUCUGCUACGACCAAACCAAACUUUUCCAUCGGUGGACGGGUCAGCCUGCGCGAGCGGGUAGAAAACAUGAACUUGAGUCGAUUGCGCCCAUCAAAGAUGUCUUCCAGCAACAGCGGGAGCCCAGUACCAUCCCCAACACCGGUGGCCGUUGUGAAGAAGCUAUCGGACGCACGCAAGGUACGACCCCGUAGCCAUUCGCCGUUGAAAAACAUCAAGAUAAACCUGUCGCCGGUAAAGAAAUCGAAUGCUGCCGGUACACCGUCGCACGCUGGGGACAAAUCGUCCAAGCGCGAAUCGAUCGGUCUGUUCGGACGGCUGAACCGGAUGAUGCAUCAGCACGGUCUCGGUGGGCUUUCGUCGGGCGAUAAAACGACGGACGCGGCUAGCAGCCGCAAGCAGAACGGUAAAUCGGGACCGCUACUAGUAGCAGCCGGUAACAGUGCACCGUCCAAAAAUGGAGUCGAGGACGGGUCGGUGACUUCCGCGGUCGGUACACGCACCGGAACCGAUAAGGUAAUCGUUGGCGGUGGGCCGAACAAUGGCGUCAGCUACGGUGGGAAUGUUAGUAAACAGUCGACGAUACAGAAGCUGACGCAGCUCAGCAGUUGCAAUAGGCGCGAGCAGCAGCAACAGCAGCAAAUGCAACAGUCAAAGACGGAAACUACGCAGGAACGUGACCGGAAAUCCAAACAGAUUUCCGAGUCUACUAUCAGUAGCAACGGCUUGACCAAAUCGAACGCCGGCAUAACAUUCGCGGACAGCACUAAACUUGGAUCGGAUCAUCUGCGUCAUCUAAACCGUCACAACACUGCCAACGAGGAUGAAGACGACGAGGACGAAGACGAUGAGGAUAGCAUCGAGGAGAGCAAGUUCUGUACCCUUCCACGCCACGGUCCGAAUGCAUUUACCAUCCGACAGGCUCGCUUUUCGAAAGGCAACGGAGCAAAAGCGCUCGGAUUUUCCAUUGUCGGCGGUAAGGAUUCGCCCAAGGGUUCGAUGGGCAUCUACGUGAAGACGAUCUACCCGAACGGGCAGGCGGCCGAGAAGGGUACACUGCAGGCAGGGGACGAAAUACUGUCCGUAAACGGGAAAGCAUUCCAGGGCCUAUCGCACCAGGAGGCGAUCAAUGUGUUCAAGGCGAUCAAGACGGGGGAGGUGGUGAUACUGAUCGGGCGGCGCAAUAAUCGCCGGAAGCUGGAAACACCAUCACCGACGGAUUCGGGUACCGGUACGGCACCACCCUCUACGACCGGUUCGCCCACCAAUACGAUCAUCGCGUGCAGUGACGAUUGA